GGACCCGAUGGAAACUGGAGUUUUCCAGAAAACCCGUCGAAGAUCAUGUCAGAAAAUUCUGAGCAAAAAUACUUCGAUUUUCUUUUCGGUCUUCUAUUUCUGGUAUAUAUUUGAGCUCGAUCGAUCGUGUGCUUCACAUUGGGCAACAAGGUGAAAAAGGAGGGGGGGGGCGGAGGAGGGUUCGCUUAAAGGAAACUUCUAGAAAACAUCCAGGAAAACCACGAAAAGACAUUUUUUUAGGGAUCGGAAACCGAUCUGGCCCUCUUCUUUCAUCGUGGAAAAAGUACGUUUCGACGAAAAAGCUAUUGGACAGUCGAGAAAAUUUCUUUCGAUUAGAUCAAAAAAACAAAAGCAUAUUGUGAAGAUUUUUCUACGAAACCAUACAAGACUUUGUUAUACAAAUUGUGAGAUAUUUCUCAAACCAAACAGAUUAACUCUCACUAGAUUGAAGAUAUGGCUUUACUUGGUGAUGGAGAACUGAGUUGAUUUCGAGAACUACCUUAUUGACUUUUUGUGUUUUACUUGUGUUAAAAAGCCCUGCUUUUCACCAAGAAGAAUACAAACAAAAACUAAGUAUGGUUUUGAUUCAAAUAAUGAAAUCCUUUUCCAGCUUUACAAUGCGUGGUGUUUUGCUUCAGAGUGUAUGAUCAGUCUAAUCAUUUUAAUGCGAGAGAAUCAUUUUCUGCAGGUCGAUUGUCACGGCGUUCUACACGAAAAACGUCAACGUAAUUUACCAUUAGAACUUUUAAUUAUCGAUCGAUUAAAGUUCAAUUGUACUACCGAUGGAUUAUAUCCUGAUCCAAAUAAGGAUUGUUAUAUUUAUCAUUCAUGCUUAAAUGGUAUACAUGAAAUUGAAUAUUGUCAAUAUCCAUUAAUAUUUAAUCCAGAAAAAUCCAAAUGUGAUUCCAUACAAAAUGUACAGUUCAGUGCUAAUUGUCCACCCAAUACGCAUAGUUUCUGGAUUCAGCGUCGUAAAGAUUCUGAUAUGAAUGAACCAGGUUUGAAAAACACUGUUAAUUUUUGA